AUGGCGGCGUCGGAGGAGGACGAUGGCUUUGGGGAUGGGGAGCGGCUGGAUUUCCUGAACGAGCGGCAUGCCGUUCACAACCCGCACCUGGAAGACUACAAAACUGCAGGAGCUGAACAGCACACUUUUGAUGUGACCAUUUGGCCGAAAAACCCUGUGGUGGUGCAUGGUGGGUCUCUCUGGCUGAACUGCAGUGCCAGCUGUCAGGAAACAGAUGCCAGGGGAAGCUUGGAGACAUCUCUGAUCAAGGAGAAGAGAGACAAUGGGACCGGCUGGGCAGCCUUCCAGCUUGUGAACAUCACGGAGUGGGCGCCCACUGCACAGUGCUCCUUCAGCUGUUACGGAAAGCACAGAUCUGCGCAUGCAAACAUCACGGUGUAUCAGAUUCCAGAGCAGGUAGUGUUGGAUCCAUUGCCAAUGAUGGAGGUGGGUGAGGAAUAUAACUUGACAUGCCGGGUUUUCAGCGUUGCCCCCAUCCAGAACUUCACUGUGACCUUACAUAAAGGGAAGGAGGAGCUGUAUGUGAAGACCUUUGAGGACCACGGUGACAAUGCAGCCAGUGAUGUUGUGGUGACUCACACCACAGCUGCUCGGCAGGACGACCACGGGGAGGAAGUCACCUGCCACGCAGCCCUGGACCUGAGGCCGGAAGGGCCCUUCUUGGAGAAGGCAUCCUUCCCCAAGGUCCUAAAGGUCUUUGGUUUCCCUGAGCCUUCCUUGAAGAUCCUUCCAUCUCAGACUCUUGUGAAUGAUUCUGUGACCAUUAUAUGCAAUUCUUCUGAUACUCAGCCACCCGACAUUUCUCUUCAAAUCAAAAUUGCUUCUGGAAGGACCCUGGUGUCUGGCAACCAGCUCUCUCUGCAAUCCACCCUUAUAGUUGAGAAGGAAGAUAAUGGGAGGGAAUUCAUAUGUGAAGCAGAAUGGGUGAUUGGUGGCGAGACCAUCCUUAAGCAGACGUCUGCCAAUCUUACUGUCUUCUAUGUGCCGGAAAUGGAUGAGUCCAUUUGUCCCAGCAACCAUACGUGGGUAGAGGGGACACAUCAAACCCUCCACUGCCUGGCUAAGGGGAACCCCAAGCCAACUGUGGCUUGCUCCAAAGAAGGUGUGGCUCACAACAUGGAAAAGGAGACACAGGUUAACCGGACCCAAACCGGCGUCUAUAACUGUACUGCCACUAAUGAGCUCGGCUCCAUCACCAGAACCGUCACCAUCUAUGUGGAAUACGGGCCUCAGCUGAGUGAGUCUGACUGCCCAAGUAACCAAACUUGGGUUGAAGGCAGCCAACUGGAUUUCAUUUGCCAAGCUCAUGGGGUCCCAGUUCCAGACGUUUCCUGCGUGAAAGAUGGUAAAGUGUACAUUUCCAACAAACUGCAGAAUGUCACACAAAGCCAUGCUGGUGUUUAUCACUGCAACGCUACCAAUGCACAUGGAUCAAGCAGCAAGAUGGUCACAAGCAGGGUUGAGUAUGGGCCUGAGAUGAAUGAUUUGAGUUGCCCCCAUAGCUGGAUCUGGAAAUCAGGGACAGAGCAAAUGUUCACCUGCUCUGCUGGGGGAGACCCAGAGCCAACCAUCGAGUGCAUUAAGGAUGGUGUGACUUAUAGCCCUGGCCAUCUCCAGAGUGUCACCAGAGACUCUGCCGGCACCUACUUCUGCACAGCCACAAAUGUGCAUGGCUCCAGCACCAGAGUUGUGAGCAUUCAAGUGGAGUAUAAACCAGAAAUGGAUGAAUCUAGCUGUCCAAGUAACUGGAUCUUGGUGGAGGGGGCGCUGCCCUCCUUUACCUGUAAAGCUGAGGGGAUUCCACCUCCAGAGGUUACCUGCACCAAAGAUGGCAUAACAUACUACCUUAGCCAAGGACAAGGGAUCCCACUCUACAAUGGAACCUUCUGGUGCAAUGCCACAAACCGGCUUGGGAUAGCGGCUAAGGCAGUCGUGGUUGCAGUGGAAACCAAACCUAAAAUGGAUGAGUCCAGCUGCCCAAGCAACCAGACCUUGCUUGAGGGGACUUUGCAUUCGCUGGCCUGUGAAGCCAAUGGGACUCCCACCCCGCUGGUCAUUUGUGCCAAGGAGGGCGGCAUUGAGGAGUUCUACAGAGAACGGAAUGUCAGCAGGAAUGACUCUGGCAUCUACCAAUGCAAGGCCACCAAUGGCCACGGAACUGAGAGAUGGUUGGUGAAUGUGCAAGUGGAAUACAGGCCUGUUAUCUCCAUUCUGGCUGUCAGUGGUACCUUACCCAUCAGAAGGGGAGAAAACUUUACCAUCACCUGCCAAGCGGAUGGGUCUCCAGCUGCCAGCUACUCCUGGAAGGUCCCUCAGGCCUCCAACCUCAACUACGGUGGCAACAACAGCACAGUGACUGUUGCCAGUGCAGAUGGACAGAACAGUGGUGUGUAUGAGUGCACAGCCAGCAACAAGCAUGGGCAGCAGCACAGCCAGGUGGAGAUCAAGGUGGAAGAUCAUUGGCUUUACAUUAUUGCUGUCAUAGCAAUUGCUGCUGCCACCAUGUUGGUCCUGGGAGGAAUGGCUGGGGUCAUUUACUACCUCAAAUCCACAGCCUGUAAAAAAGGAGAGUACAAUGUCCGUGAUGCAGAGAAUUCCACCGAAGCUACUUGCCUAAACCGUGAGAGGACCUGUGAUGGUGACAUCUAUGGUAUACAGCUCACCAGAACCUGAGCAAGUCUCUGGACAGGUACCGUACCCCAGGCCUUGCCUGCUGAGACACAGCCAGAGAAGGAUCGGUAAAAGACACCUUUCCUGUACAACCACCACACUUCUACCACCAUCUCUGUCUCUGAAGGAAGGGCUCAUACACUGGAUUAUACAGUGCUCUGCUUCACUGUGGAGUUGCUGAGCAGCCCAUUAAGAGAGACACUGUUGAGGGUUCUCAGGGUGGAGAGCCAGCUUUUGUGCCCCAUGGUUAGGGUGCCAGCCAGACAUUUUGCAUGGCACUCUCCUACAUGGGUCUAUCCAUCUUCCUCCUCCUACAUUCUCUGUUGCUCCUGCCGCUGGAAAUAAUGGAACUGCAUUGUCCCUUCGAAAUGCAGUACUUAAACAGGUCACGGCCAUUCUGAUUUGUAGUCUGUUUAUACCUGUUAGCAAUACUUCAAAUGAUUUAAGCAUCAUUCUGCUUCACUCUGGAUGGUUGCAGUUGACUGGGGCCUUGCCAAAUGGGAAAUAGCAGCUU